AUGGCCACCAUCUCCACCACAAGCGGCGGUGGGGGCAGCCGUAACUCAAACGCUUCUCGGUCAGCGACGGGCGGACGGAUCCGGCUCCGGGGUGCCCUACAUUACCUGACCCGCAUGGAGAUCUCCGUGCAGGACCUGCAGGUGAACCCUCAGGCGUCUCUGUCCAUGUCUCUGGCUCAGACGGACUACUGCAGACAGCAGGGCUUCGACCCUCAGAGUCCUCUCUGCGCUCACAUCAUCCUGUCCGGAUCUGUGGUGCAGGUGAACGGGACGGAGGCGGAGUUUGCUAAGAAAGCUCUGUUCAGCCGACAUCCGGAGAUGAUCGACUGGCCGUCUGACCACAACUGGUUCUUCGCCAAGUUCAACAUCACACAGGUGUGGGUGCUGGAUUAUUUUGGCGGCGUGAAGACCGUCACUCCAGAUGAAUACUUCCAGGCAGCGCCGCACAGGAAGCUCGGCUGACUGCCAGGCUGCUGGCUCUUGUAGUUCUCUUGGCUCUGUUUGUAGUUCUUUAUAGUCCUUUGAAAGCCACAAAGUGAAACAUGAGACUUUUUUCUUUCCUUGCAGUGAGCCUCAGGUGUGUGUGUGUGUGUGUGUGUGUGUGUGUGUGUGUGUAUGUGUGUAUGUGUGAUUGUAAAUGCAGGUGUGUCGCUCUGUCAUGAACAUGUUUGACCAGCUGAGGGAGCCGCUGAGCUUCAAGUCAAACAAA